AUCAUCGCCAUAUAUGUAUUCAGCGCAUAAAUUGAGCGCCGUUCAUUGAGUAGAACUAUUGCUUACGUAGCCAUAGCGAGACAGCCGACGCUGGAUUUACUACGUCAACAGACCAAAAACUGCUUUUUGCAACAACAAAAAUUCAGCAACAAUCAUCAAGAUGUGCAGAGGUCACAAAUGUGGUGUACAAAACGUAGUAAUGUUUAUCCUGAUUCUGUGUAGCGAUGUGUUCGACUUUAUAAUGGACUGGCUAUUCUAUCACGACAUCAUGAGCGCACAGGACGGAUUGGCGUUCGGACCUCAUGACAGAACGUUAAUGACUUCAACAUUAGUUUUCUGUAUUAUUGGGAUGAUCACCUUCAUCAUAGAGUCUGUUAUAAAUGCACUAGAAUGCAUAUGCAGCGACAAAUCAGCAACAAAAUAUCUGAUCAUUUCAGAGGUGAUGACAAUGAUAACACUGUUAAUUGAAGAUUUGCCUCAGAUCCUCAUUAACUUUGCUGUUGCCUUGUGCAGGGAAGAAGUUACAAACGUUGUACAAAUAGUUAAGGCAGUAUCGUCAUUAGUCGAAGUUAUCAUACUUCUAGGCAUUUUGUUUGUAAAACAUCGUCAGGUUAAAAGGAAAGGGGAAAUAAAAGCAUGGAGAAAAUGGGUUUUUUGGGUGACAAUCGUCAUUUCAUUCCUGAUAUUUGCGUUUUCGGUGGCUGUGUUUGGCCUGGAAAACAACCUCAACAAGAAAAAGAUAGACUUUGACAGCCAUGGUUUGGAAGGCAAAGAAGCAGAUCGCUAUCUCCAGGGAGUCAAUGUUUUUAUGAAAUCUCCAACUAUUCCAAACAUUGCGGAUGAUCAGUGGCUGAUUAUCACAGAUAUCAAAACCAUAACGAAAUUCCCCGAUCAGUCUUCAAAUAUGGUGGUAAGCGUUUUCGUCAAUGAACAGUAUGGAUGGAUAAAGAAACAGUCGACUACGUCUGGGGAAACACUAUCGUGUUACCGGGCAACACAGACAUCGAUGAUGAGUCCUCUUCCUUCAGCAAAAUGCCGUGAAAUUCUGUCUAAUACCACCGACGGUACUUACAUAACGGUGAAGCUGGAGUAUGUCCUCCCGAACAGACAUCAGCCACUAGGGGAUAUACUCUACAACUACAGGGUCACCGAUCAAAAUUGUAGGCCAAUCUCAUCAUCGCCUGUGACCUUGCAGUACUUCAAGAGAUCAGGCAGCAAAAUCAGUCAUUUCUUUUCCCUUGCAACUGACCUGGAUGACGUAAGAGAGGUUUGGAAAACAGGCAGUAGCUUUUGCAAGAGUACCGCCCGCGAGCGUCCUAAAUUAUCCUCUGUGAUAACUGUACCCUGUGAACCUCUGAGGUAGCUGUGUUUCCAGGGAGCAAGUUAUCUUGCAUUUAUUGUAAUUUUGGAUAUAAGAUCUACUGUAAUUCAUGUUAUUUACCUUGAACAUGCCUCAAAAAAUAUCAUGUAUAGAGUGGUGGGGAAAAAAAGCGUGUGAAUUGUUCUAUGUGACAUAAGUUAUUGAAUUAUAAUAUCAAUACAUGUAGAAUAAUGAUAUUGUUGGUUUUUUAAUUAUGAAUAUAUAUAUAUGGUUACUCAGCUUGAUUUGAAUUAUGUCUCGUUUGUGUUUGUCCAUGUUUUACUACGUACGUUCAACGUCAGAUGUAAAAUUGGCCCAUCAGAUAUGUGAUUGAUCGAGCUCCCGACAGUGGAAAAACAGCAGUUAGUCUGUGAUUAGAGCUAACUUUUCGCCAUGAGGACGUGUGUACACAGUAUAAAAUGCAUUUUAUAAUAAAACCAUGAAUAUUC